CUUUUUUUGGGGGGCCGAAUCACUGUAUCAACCCUUACAUUAAAUCUCCCAAUCGUACGACGAACGAAGCUGCGAUGGUGUGUGUGUGGGGGAGAGGGAGAGAGAGAUUCGUUGCAUAAUCCCCAAAUUUCCUCUUCGUCUCCCUCCUUUCCUCGAGGGUUCCUAUCCCAACAACGCCCCUAAUCCGAGAGAAGAUGGAGAGUAAUGCUGAUUCUGAAGUAACUAACUUGCAUGGUGACAUUACUGAAGCUUCUGAGACUACUGUUGAAAUAAAAGUCAAAACUUUGGAUUCUAAGAUAUACACUUUGCGCGUGAACAAAUGUCUACCUGUUCCACUUCUCAAGGAAAAAAUUGCUAACGUCACUGGGGUAGUAUCAGAACAACAACGCCUUAUCUGUCGUGGAAAGGUUUUGAAAGAUGACGAACUCCUUUCUGCGUACCAUGUGGAAGAUGGCCAUACAUUGCAUCUGGUUGUUAGACAACCACACCAAUCUUCAUCAUCACCUUCAACGGGAAACUUGGGACAUGAAGGUGCAUCAAGCAAUUCAGCUCAUCAGCAUGGCGGUUCAGUGACUCGUAGCAUCGUUUUUGAGGCCGUCAAUAUAGAUCAAGGCGAUCAUCAACCUCCACACCUUAGUCAGAUUAUCUCUAGUAUCUUAAAUUCUAUUGGGGCAGCAAACAAUGGUUCACACAAUUUGGGAACUUCUGUUGUGGGUACGCGAACAGCUAAUGAUACUGGGCACUCAGAUUCCAACCAACCACGUCCAAGUCCUGCUUCUCUGAGGGUUGAGCUUGACUCACAACAGACUCCUCUUCGAUUUCAGUCUGGAGCUCCACUAGGAUCUCAGCAGCCAUCAGUCAUUCCUGAUUCUUUGACAACUAUAUACCAGUAUCUAGACUUUAUGCGGGAGGAAUUUAGGAGAGCAGGGUUCAACAUCAGUGGAAGUGCUCAGGGUGUUGAUGGUGCAGGCGGUGCAGGCAUGCAUUCUAGACAGGGUGGUCUGCCAAGUUUGGAAUCUUUAGCUGAAGUUAUGCAGGCUACAAGACACCUUCUUACGGAACAAGCUGGAUUAUCUUUAAAUCAAAUUGCAAGACAGUUGGAGGAUCAUGUGAAUGUGUCCGAUCCCUCAGCUCGAACAAACCUUCAAGCUGAUGCCAUCAGAGCAGGAAUGUUACUACAGAAUUUGGGUUCAUUGCUUCUUGAGCUUGGUCGCACGACAAUGAUGUUGCGCACGGGUCAAUCACCAUCAGAGGCUGCAAUUAACGCCGGGGCAGCAGUUUUCAUCUCUGCAUCGGGGCCAAAUCCUUUGUUGGUUCAGCCUGUUCCCUUUUUCCCUGGAUCAAAUGUUGGGCACAUGGGAGCUGUAUAUCCCAGUGUGGGUUUACAAGGUUUACAAGGUGAACCACUUGGUUCUCUAUUUCGUCCUAGAAAUAUUGAUAUACGUAUUCGUGCAGUAGGUCGUGCUGUACCUGUUGCAAACCCUAACCCAGGCGAACAGACUAACACACAACAACCUCAGGAGCGAGCAAACACAGCAACAAAUCCAUCCAAUACAAAUGCUAGUCCUCAAAUAUUUUCAGGGGCAGCAAGCACUGCACCUUUAGCUGGAGAGCCAGGAGUAAGAGUAUUACCGUUAAGAACGGUGGUAGCUGUACCUUCUGGAGUAAAUCUGAUGCCAUCUGAUUCGUCUGGGAGUGCAGUCGGAUUAAUUUAUCCUUUACUUGCCAGAAUACAAUCCAUACAUAGUGGAAAUGCUAGUGACGCAAGAGGUUCUCGCUUACCAAAUGAACCAAUACAAACUGAACCUAAUAUCAAUGGACAACCUAAUGUCGUGCAUGCAGCACAAACUCAAAAUGCGGAGUCUAGUUUGGGGGGUGUUCAAACGAAUAGCAACAAUUUCCAUGAAAAUACUGAGCCUCAAGUUUCUGGGUUCAAUCUAGCAAAUGAGUCAGCUGCAUAUCAAGACCAACAGGAACAACCUCAUAGUAAUAGCGAGAAUAACUCUCAACCUCAUGUUGAGCCACAACAAAUUGACCAAGGACCUAUGUCUCAGCUUCUGAAUGGCGUCGAUCAGUUGCUUAGAACAGUAUUUUCUGGAGAAGCAGUUCAUUCUGCUAGUACUGCCAUUCCUCAGGACACAGUCACAGUUUCUGUUGCAGAUCAGAUGGGUACAAGAAGUAAUGAAGCAUCAGGAGUCGAUGAAGAAGGGAUACUCUUUUCCAAUUUGAUUCGUCACAUUAUGCCGUUCAUAUCUCAAGGCACCGAAGCUGAUCAAAAUGGCUCCUCAACAGCACAAGCUACAACGGAGAGGUUGAGUGAGUCAAGAGAGAGCAUAAAUGAAUCGAGCGGCUCUCAGCCUCGCCGAGACCCGCCUGAGGACCCUAAUCCGAAGCGCCCAAAGACCGAGUGAAUGAUUGACGGAUAAAGCUCUCGAGGUUGAUCAUUUUGAGGGUGUUGAUCGAGCUACUUCAUGAUAUCGGUGCGAGAGAUCGAAUCGAACAGCAUUGUUUGACCAAGAGAGGGUAGAGUAGUUAUUGUUCUUGGAUGAUAUGAGUUUUUGUUAGAAUGUAUUUGAUGCUUAGUGGGUGAACAGCUACUGGUAUUUGGUACAUAUUAUUUGGCGCAGGUGUCGGCCUUUUUCAUUUUGAUCUGUUUAAGUCCCUCUGUAAUCUCCAGGUGCAACAUAUGACCUUUCUUUCCUCUGUUAAAUAUUAUUAUACAUGGUCAUAUUACUAUCUGUAUUAUGUGAUGAUCUAUUCAUUUCUUUUCAGAGUAUUUAUAAUGUUUCACCAAA